AUUGCGCGUAAGUUGGCAGACGCCAAACGUCUAGAAAUAGACCGUUUUGUUUGCCGCGGCAGUUAAGAUUUGGUGUUCGCCUGCAUUCCAACCUUCAAACCGUGUUAAAGACAUAUAAAGCGUUUUGAAAUACAACAGGUAGUGCCACCGAGUGCGAUAUAAACGCUAUUUAAACGCUGCGAAAUCAUUACUACUGAAAAAUGACGAAAACUACCGAGGAAGCUGGAUACGAUCUCGUCCAAGCCUUACUUAAAUUUCACGAUGGAACUCACGGUGCCCGAGACCGCAUGGUUCAUAAGCCCGGAUGGAAAAUGCUUUUUAUGAUGCUGAAAUAUUUAAACUGCUACCCGGAAUUAAUUUCAAUGCCGUAUCAGUUGACUCCAAUUAUACUGGACAUACCACUCGAAUAUCGUCAAAUUGUCUUGAAAACCCCUAUGAUCGUCAGAAGACGUCAUGUAGAAUUAUUACCUAUAAAAUAUGGCUAUCGAGAAUUUUGGAAGACUAAUAUAAAUCGUUCAAGGGCAUUGCCUUAUCAAUAUUUAUUGUGGGAAGGCGGUUUCGUCCUGAUUGUAUUUUGUUUUUACGCCAUUGGUGACAAUGUCAUACGUGUAGUAAAUAUCACAAUACAUUUUUCAAAAAAAGACGUUCAACCUGAGCCCCUAUGUUAUCAAGAUAAGCUCAUGCUGGAAGAGUGUUAUCCACUGGAUUCGUUCAAUCCCGGAUUUGCAUUACCCAAACCAGUAUCGAUCAACACAAACAGGUGGACAAUUUUGCGAGAGUUGAAAGAAUCCAGUGACAAAAAAGGCAACGAACUAUUUUUGCUAUCAUUAUCGCCUUUAAUGGACGAAUUGUCUGACCAAGUUCUUACGGACACCAGACGCAAAAUGUUAGAGCUGUUGGAAGAAGCAAUGAGCUGGAAAAGAAAUUUUGAUCGUUAGAAUGCCRUGACAAUCGAGUCCUUGUGUAUGAAGACGUGUAUACUCUGUUAUAAUUUUAAAACGAAAAAAUAUUAAUAAGUUUUUUGUAAUAAUUAUAGAUAGUGCCUAUACGGGGCUAUACUAUUAGUACGAGUAAAUUUAUAUUCAUUAAACGUUCCCGGUAUUCGAUUGCUUAUUGCAGACCUCGUAUAGCUAUGCUAUUAAUUUAUUGUAUACAUAAUAUACACCUUUAAGGCUAUAAAGAUAAUAUUGGUAACACUAACGUUUAWGUUGUAAAAUUCAUAUAAGUACCUAUUUUAAUAAUUGUUUUUUGUAGU